AUGUCUGCCUACUCUCCGGCACAGCCAUCUUUGCCAACACCAUCACCAUUUUCCUUUUCAGUUGCUUCUACCAGGUGGAGCUCCAGACCUUCGAUUCAUCUCUCCAACUUAUUACUGCGGUCUCUGACCCUCCUGUUCUCCUUUGUUUCUGCUCUUUCACUUGCUGCUCCAUCACCAAACAAGAAUGAAGGCAAAUUACAUCAUGGCUUCCUCGCCUACACGGAAUUCAAGUAA